AUGAAUCCCGCUGGCCAGGGCGACUUGCCCGCCGCUGCGACUGCCAUUGAACAGAAUUUGGAAGAGAAGGAGAGGGCAGAAUUGGGAAUUGUCACAGACCGGCAACAGCAUACAGACCCGCUCACAGAGAAACCUCCCGUGACGCCCGUCUCCCCAAACCCGAAGUCCCCGACUUCUGCAAUAUCGCCUACCUCGCCCGUAUCGCAGUCUUCCGAUUCAGACACUCGCCCAGACCUCACCAAAUAUGACUCCAAGAUCGUGCAAGUACGGGAUAUACCAGAAGGUGAUGCCGCACUGGCUCACUUGCCUGACCAUGAGAAGAGCGUCAUAAAAAAGCAGUUGGAUGUCCCGGACGUCAAGGUCACAUACUGGACGUUAUAUCGCUACGCGACAAGGUGGGACAAGGUCUUCAUUGCAAUAGCCUGCAUCACGGCUAUUGGAGCGGGAGCUGUCCUGCCGCUGAUGACGGUCGUGUUUGGCAAUCUUUCGGGCAACUUCAGUGGCUUCGCUCAAGGACAACAGGACAUCUUGCGAAGCUUCAGUUCCACCGUGAAUCGAUAUGUGCUUUACUUCGUUUAUCUGGCGAUUGGAGAGUUCUUCUUGGUAUACAUCUCAACUGUCCUCUUCAUUUACACCGGCGAGCACAUCACCUCGAAAGUCCGCGAGCAAUAUCUCUUCGCAGUCUUGAGGCAAAACAUUGCUUACUUUGACCAUGUCGGAGCCGGAGAAGUCACGACCCGUAUCACGGCAGACACGAACAUCAUCCAGGAGGCUAUCAGCGAGAAGGUUGGUUUGACACUGACUGGCGUGGCCGCCUUCUUCUCGGCAUUCAUCAUUGGUUUCAUACGAUUUUGGAAACUCACAUUAAUAUGUUUCGCAACUGUCGUCGCCAUCGUCUUCGUCAUGGGGUCUGGUGGUAGGAAAAUGGCCGGAUGGAACAAAAAAUCGCUGGCCGCAUACGCAGUUGGCGGCUCCGUGGCGGAAGAAGUCCUGGCUUCAAUUCGCAAUGCAGUGGCAUUCGGCACACAAGACAAGCUGGCGAGGCAAUACAACGUCCACCUCCUUGAGGCUCGUCGCUGGGGUAUCCGUAGCAAGGGUGCUCUUGCCUGCAUGAUUGGAGCCUUGCUUUGUCUCCUCUUCUUGAACUACGGCCUGGCCUUCUGGAUGGGGUCGCGAUUCUACGUCGGCGGUGAAACGAACCUGGCGCAUAUCUUGACAAUCAUUCUGGCCGUUAUGAUCGGCGCCUUCUCCUUUGGCAAUGUUGGUCCGCAUAUGCAACACUUUGCAGCUGGCGUGGGUGCAGCAUCCAAGAUCUACUCAAUAAUCGACCGAUCGUCGCCCGUGGACCCCCUGUCUGAAAAAGGCGAGAGGUUGGACCGAGUCGAGGGCACGCUUGAGCUACGAAACAUCAAGCACAUAUAUCCUUCUCGACCCGAGGUUGUGGUUAUGGAGGACGUCAGUCUGUUGAUUCCCGCAGGCAAAACAACUGCUCUUGUGGGCGCCUCUGGAUCAGGAAAGUCCACCAUCGUUGGCUUGGUUGAGCGGUUCUACGACCCAGUCGGCGGCGCGGUCCUUCUCGAUGGGCACGACAUCAGCACGCUCAACCUCCACUGGCUACGACAACAAAUCGCGCUCGUCCAGCAGGAACCCAUCCUCUUCAGUCAAACCAUUCGGGAGAACAUCAAGAACGGCCUAGUUGGUUCAAAGUACGAGAACGAGACUGAGGAACAGCAGACCCAGCGUAUCAUCGAGGCGGCGAAGAAAUCGAACGCUCACGAUUUCAUUACGUCGCUUCCUGACGGCUAUGACACCCAUGUUGGUGAGCGUGGUUUCUUGCUGUCCGGAGGUCAGAAACAACGUGUUGCAAUUGCCCGCGCUAUAGUCUCCGACCCGAAAAUCCUUUUACUAGACGAAGCUACAUCCGCGCUCGAUACAAAGUCUGAAGGGGUGGUGCAACAUGCACUGGAGGCGGCCUCGGUCGGCAGGACCACGAUUGUCAUUGCUCAUCGACUAUCCACCAUCAAGACAGCAGACAACAUCGUGGUAAUGCAGCAGGGGCGGAUUGUCGAACAGGGCACUCAUGACGAACUCCUUGAGCGCAAGCAAGCCUAUUUCAAUCUGGUCUCUGCUCAACGCAUUGGAAAUAAAGAGGACGACGAGUCCGAAGACUCGACCGAGGCCAGCGAACCUGAACUGGCUCGAAUCCAAUCAACGAAGUCCGGUGGCAGUGCUGCCAUGGUGGAUCCCGACGACGAGAAGCUUGCACUGGGCAGAACUAGAAGCGGGAAAUCUGUGUCGUCCAAUAUUCUUGCCGACAAAAAGCCACAGAAGGAGGCCAAGUACUCUCUCUGGACCAUCAUCAAGUUCAUCGCAGGCUUUAACGCUCAAGAAUGGUGGAUUCUGUGCAUCGGCUUCGUCUUCACCGCAAUCUCGGGAGCCGCUCAACCCGUUCAAGGUGUCUUCUUCGCGAAGUGCAUCAUCGCACUGUCACGACCGCCGGAUGUUUUCCGACAUCAGAUCCGCUCCGACAUCAACUUUUGGUCGCUGAUGUAUCUGAUGCUGGCCUUCGUGACCCUGCUUGCGAUGUGUACCCAGGGCAUUGCCUUUGCCUAUUGCAGCGAGCGGUUGAUUCAAAGGGCCAGAGAUGGUGCAUUCCGGCGGUUUUUGAGGCAGGACAUAUCCUUCUUCGACGAGGACCAAAACUCGACAGGUGCUCUUACAUCUUUCCUGUCGACCGAGACAACGCAUUUGGCGUCGAUAUCCGGGGCAACACUCGGGACACUGAUCAGCUGUUCGUCCACCCUGAUCGUCGCGAUCGUGGUGGCACUCGCCAUUGGCUGGAAGCUCGCUCUUGUCUGCAUGGCCGCGUUGCCCGUCAUUCUCGGCACGGGCUUCUUGAGGUUCUGGGUCCUUGCGAAGUUCUCAGCAGAAAACGCGAAACAUUACGAGAAGUCAGCAGGCUAUGCGUGUGAGCAUACAAAUGCUAUCCGGACAGUCGCUUCGUUGACCACCGAACGCGAGAUCUACGCCGAAUACAAACGCCAGCUGCGAGCUCAGUUGCCUGUCUCCCUGAAGUCCAAUCUGAAGAAUUCGUCACUAUACGCAGCGUCGCAAUCCGGUAUGUUCCUGGCGUUUGCCCUCGGCUUCUGGUACGGUGCCCAGCUCCUGGCUCGUGGAGAAUACACACUGUUCCAGUUCUUCCUCGUCUUUAACGAGAUCAUCUUUGGUGCUCAAUCUGCCGGCACCGUGUUCUCCUUCGCUGGAGACAUGUCGAAAGCGAAGAACUCUGCGGCGGCUUUGAAGAAGCUGUACGAUCGCCAGCCAACUAUCGACCCCUGGUCAGACGAUGGCGUGACACUUGACCAUGUUGAAGGCACUAUUGAAUUCAGAGAUGUCCAUUUCCGAUACCCUACUCGGCCGGAUGUCCCAGUCCUUCGUGGACUCAAUCUGACCGUCAAGCCAGGGCAAUAUAUUGCUCUUGUUGGUCCGUCUGGCUGUGGCAAGUCGACCACGAUUGCGAUGCUGGAGCGCUUCUAUGACCCUCUUGCCGGAGGUGUCUACAUCGAUGGCAAAGAGAUUUCUAGCCUGAACCUCAACGACUACCGAUCUCAUCUGGCGCUCGUAUCCCAAGAGCCGACCUUGUACCAAGGCACUAUCAAAGACAAUGUCCUUCUCGGUGCUGACAGAGGCGAAGUCAGUGACGAGCAGAUAAUCCGGGCUUGCAAAGACGCCAACAUCUACGACUUCAUUAUGUCUCUGCCAGACGGCUUCGCCACGGACGUCGGCAACAAAGCUGCCUUACUCUCUGGUGGCCAGAAGCAGCGUAUCGCGAUUGCGAGAGCCCUCAUCCGUGACCCCAAAGUCUUACUGCUUGACGAAGCCACUUCUGCACUGGACUCGGAGUCUGAGAAAGUCGUGCAAGCAGCCCUCGACGUCGCUGCCAAAGGCCGCACGACCAUUGCGGUUGCCCACCGACUCAGCACCAUUCAGAAGGCGGACAUCAUUUAUGUCUUCGACAAGGGUGUGAUUGCCGAAAAAGGCACUCACCACGAGUUGAUGGCGCUCAGAGGAAGAUACCGAGAAUUGGUCAGCCUCCAGAGUCUGGAGAAGCAGCGGUAA